AUGAUGGAUGCUGCUGCAAAACAGCCUAAAUUAGUAUCAGAGGAUGCAAAGAAAGUAUUGCCAAAAGAAAGUAUUGAGAAAAAGGAAGUGGAAGAAAACAGACUGAAUCGAGAAAAUCGAAUUCUGAGUCAGAUGGAGCGCAGAAUUGCCACUUAUCAGCUAAGUUGUACCAAAUUUGGUAAAGACACUCAAAAAAGAUAUCAAAAUCAAACAAUGUCAAAGUCACAACUGAAAUCGUUAAAUCUCGAAGAAGUUGAAGAGGAGAAGCAUGCACUUGCUAAACAUUUGCGCUCCAUUGCUCCAUUCAAUCACCGUUGGCAGGUGACUGAAACAAUCAAUGAAGGAACAUAUGGUGUAGUAUUUGCAGUGCGUGAUGUAGAAACCGGUACAAGAGGUGUCAUAAAAGUUGCUAAAUCAGUAGGUAAUGAUGCAGGUAAUCAAGCAGCAGAAUGGGAAGAUAAAGGUAUGCUUGCUGAUCAAAAUGGUGCAGGGAUGGAAUUUAUGGUACUUGAAAAAGCAGAAGUUGGAAUUGUGGAAUGGCUCAACAAUUACAGUGGUUUAAAACGGAAACUUGCAGUUACUCAAGCUAUGCUACAAAUGUUAAAAGGAAUUCAUGAUAUGCACCGAGAAGGUUUAUUGCAUCGUGAUCUGAAACCGGAUAACAUGGGUAUAUUAAGUAGUGAACAACCUUUUGUAGUACUGUUUGAUUUGGGCAUGACAAAAAUGUACACUGAUGAAAAUGGAGAAUGUCGGACACCACGAUCAAUAUGUCCGUUUCGUGGUACCCCGGAAUGGUGCAGUGGGUGGGCAUCAAAAGGUCGUGAGCAGAAUCGUUUCGAUGACUUAAUCGCAUGGUUAUAUGUAGCAUGUGAACUUUACGACCCAACUGCUAGCGUUACACAGCCAUUGCCUUGGACAUAUCGUCAAAGCGAACGGAUUGUAAACUACUUAAAAACAAUUUAUUGUCCGGCACAAAUUUUGCUACGGCGAGCACCGCGGCAAUUCUACGAAAUUAAUACAUAUUUAAUGACAGCAAAUCGAAAUACAACACCGAAAUACAAAUUCCUUGCUGAUAAAAUGAUGGAAGCAAUUAAUGAGUUGCAAGCUUUGGUCGAUCAAGAAAAAAAUGAAAAAGGUAGUGGAAAAAAACAUGGAAAGAAAGAAGCUUCAAUUAAAACAGAUAAAACACCAGCAGAUAAAACAACUGAAAAUGCUGAAAAAGUUCAAAUGAAGAAACAAACAAAAGAAAAAGGAAAAAAAUAA